AUGGCCACCCUCACAAUGUCGCGACCUCUCGUGUCCUCGCCUCUCGCAGACUCCUCGUCGUCACGUACCGCCGCCACCCAGCGUGUCAUACCGCGACGGAACACUUCAUUCCCGUCAUCACGCGCCCUCCGACCAUUCCCCUCCAUUUCGAACUCAAUUCAACAACCAGGGAAGCCAGCAGCACCAGGCGCAAAGAAAGCCGUCAAGCUGAUAGAGCCGCCGAAAAACCAAAUAGGCACCUUUGUCCUUGACCUCACGCAGGCAGAGUUCAGCAGGCAGGACUAA